AAGCAUCGGGACGUCGAGCGUCGUUUCUCUCCGUUCCCAACGUCACGAACGUAAACUCUCAAAAUACACUCGAAAACUCGGCGAUCAAGAAACUCAAUUAAAGAAACUUUUCCGCAAUUUAAGACAACGCGAUCGCGAGAAGAAUUGCCACCAAACAUGUGAUUAUAACAAUACUAUGAGCCUCAAUCACCAAGAUUCAGAGAUCGGACAAAGUCCUGGCUGUGAUCCAAAAACUAGCAAAAGAAACAGCGGUUUAUUUGCUUUCUUGAAAUGGUUUAAACCCUCGACUUCUCGCGAAUCCAUAGACACUCAAAAUUCCAGCAGUUGUGAGAGCUUGAAUUCGAUACAAAGCAGCGGAACAGUCGCCUCCUUUUCCUACGUCCCUCCGAAUGACUACACGAAUAAAGUGAGCGAAAAGUGCAUCGUCCCAGGGCCUGAGACGGACACCUACAGAGCAAGACUCAAACAAAGGGACAAGAGGCGCGAAAACGACAAAAACACCACUUUGCGCAAAAAAUACAACUUAUUUUUCAACCGCGAGACGCUACUCAAGCCGGCCACAAAAGACGAAGAAGACGAAAAUUCCAAAAGCCUCCCCCUGAUGACGCGCCCCUCUAUGGAAGAAGAGGAAAAAGCGCACCGGAGAACGAACAGUGAGUCAUCCAAAACGAAAAAAGCGGGGGCUUACCUCCACGUCAAGGGCAAACGGCGAGCCCCCCAGCCCCCCACCACCCCCAACACCUCCACCAUGAGCCUCCGCAGGAAGAAGCGACUGGCUCCUCCGCCCCCCAGUCUGGAAAAAAUCAAAAAUACCCCAGAGUCGGAAAUCAUUUUCAACGAUUCGUUAAAAUUAGACCACGGCAUUCUAAAACCGGCUAAAGAGACAGCUUCGGAGACAAAAUCGAGCGUGUGUGAGACCCCCGUCUCACCUAGACCUUGGUACAAGAGGACCUCGAGCACCAAAGCCGAAGAAAAGCGCAAAUCGGGGAUGAGCUUCCUGACGAACAUCAGUGAACUCGACCGCGAAGCGUCCGAAAUAGUCCGAAAAGAGCACCAAAAAAACGGAAACGACUUGCAGGAAAUACCGCAGUUCAUGCGACCAAAAGAAGAAGCAAAAAUAAACACGGAUAGCUGGGCGUCCCCGAAAAGGCGCUCCGCUAAGGAUCUCAUCGCCAAGUUCAAUGCCAUCACCAGCGUGACCAAAGCCACAGUGUUUGGAGUCGCCCAGAACCAGAAGAAGGAUUAUUUCGGCCGCAGGACGAGUCUCCUCACUGAAGAGCGCAAACAGGAGAGUCUCCUCGAAAACCACAAGAAGCGAAUCGAGCAAAUCGACCGGAAAGUCAACCCUUUGAUGAAGUCCGAAAGUGCUAGUGCCAUUAAACCCAAGCCGGAAACGCCAAAAGUCGACCGAAAAAAUUGGAACUGUCCCAAAUGUUCGAUCGAGAAUGACUACUGGAGGAUCAUUUGCCACGUCUGCUCGACCAUCAAGCCCUAUUUCGAUGACUUUUCCGCAACGAAACCCGAAGAAAAACCUCCCGAAAAAACACCAGAGAAAGCGUUCGAACGGGCCAAGACCCAAAUCGGGUUCUCGGCCCUUGCGUCCUACAACCUCAAGAAGAAAAUCGAAAAGUCGGUCUCACUCGAUGAGGACAAAGUUGACAAAAAUGAAGAACGGGAAAAACUGAAGAAAAUGUUGAUCGAAAUGAAAAACUCACUCCCGAAACGCAAGUCAAACAUUUUAAUGAAGCAGAACAGUCGGCAGAGUGUCAUAGAAGAGAACCCGGAACAAGACGAAAAAACUGAAGAUAACAAGUCACAGGACGAAAAAGUUGUGGAAAUCGUAAUUGGGACCACUGAGACAAUCUACGAGAAUAUCAAAGUGAAGAAGAGUGAGACCCCAAAACCGGUCAAAAUAUCGGUUUCGGCUCAAACGAAUGCCGUCAAGCUUGAGAAAACGAGCGAUCUCGAAACACCAAAGUCGAUUUUACGUGAGGCAGAACCAAAAGUUAAAGAGAUGCCGAAAGAACAAGAGAAAAAAUCUGAGGUGUCCAAACAAGCCACACCGCCGCAACCAGACAGAAAAAACAACCUGGAGUUGCCCAAACCCGCCCCAAAAAUGGAACAGGAGAAAAAAACUAAUUUCGAACUAAUGAGACCCAAAGACUUUGAGAAUAUCUACAGCGACCCUAAUGGGCAAUCCCCGGCCCGGAUUUACGCCAAUUUGGCCCGAAACGACGAACUUUCGCUGUUUUUCAACAUGCCGAAGCGCCUGACCGAGCUGAAAAAUAAUCUACAGGGCGACAAAAACACCGACACUAUUGAAAUCAACCGACUUUUGAAGCGGCUGGAAACCUCGAUAGCUAAGGGAGAAUUGACUGAAGCGGCGAUAUAUGCCAAAGAAUUGGCCCAAUUGAAGGUGAAUUGUUCGGUGGUGAGGCAAAAACCGGUGAAUCCCAAUGGCAAAAAGCAAGGAUUCAGUAUUGAAAUGUUUGUGGAGGAUAAAAUCUCGCAUCGCGGGCCUUUCCCGCUUGAAGUCACUGAAAAUCAAACAGUGGCCGAGUUGAAAUCGCAGGUGGAGAAAGAAUUUGAGAUUCCAGUGAACGUCCAGAGGUGGAUUUUGGGCAAGGAGUUGGCCACUGACGAUAACUCGACUCUGAAGGAUCAUAAAAUUACAACAGAGAGGUGUCCUGUGUUUUUGUAUCUUGUGGCCCCUGACGCGAAAACGGGCGCCGAAAGUAAAAUUGGCAAGAGUGAGGAGGUGCCAAGUACGUCCAAGGAGAAAGUUGCCGUGAAUCGGAUUCCGAAAAUCGUUGAUGUUAUUCCAAAAAUCGUCCAAGAGAAGAAAAGUCUAGUCGAACCUACCACAAGUCAAACGGGGAAUGAAGACCCCAAGUUGGCGCAACCGGAAGACGACUUGGAAGAUUACGACUCGAAAACGCUCAAACCGGGGGAGUGGGAGUGCCAUUUGUGCACGCUUCUGAACCCAAUUUCGAGCAACAUAUGCGCCGUUUGUGCCACCGUGAGGCAGAAAGACUUGUCCCCUGUGAAGCGCUCUUCGAAGAAAAAGCUUCCCCAGCCCCAAACCGACCAAACCUACCUCCAGUUAGUCAAUUUAGAUAAUAAGGAUUUGGUCGAAAACCGCGAUCCUUUCGAAUGCCUUGUCUGUUUCAUGGAAAUCGCACCCGGUGACGGUGUGACGUUACGAGAGUGUUUGCACCAGUUUUGCAAAUUUUGUUUAGCUCACACUGUAGAAUAUACCGAAGAUGCGGAAGUGAAGUGUCCCUACAGGGACGAGCAGUACUCCUGCAAUAUCGCUCUGCAGGAUCGCGAAAUCAAAGCUUUGGUCACACCGAAAAUCUACGAACACUACCUUGCCAAAUCGGUGGCUGAGGCUGAAAACAAAAUCGGGAAAAGCUUCCACUGCAAAACCCCCGACUGUAAGGGUUGGUGCAUUUUUGAAGACAAUGUGAACGAGUUUCGGUGUCCCGUUUGCAGGAAAAUCAAUUGUCUGACGUGUCAGGCAAUUCAUUCCGGGUUGAAUUGUAAGCAAUAUCAGGAAAAAAUGACUGAGGAAUCUGAAGUCGAUGAAGACGCUCGCAGGACUAAAGAAAUGGUCAAUGAAAUGGUGAAGAAUGGUGAAGCUUUAACUUGUCCAACUUGCCAAGUGAUAUUAAUGAAAAAAUGGGGCUGUGAUUGGGUCAGAUGUUCGAUGUGUAAAACUGAGAUUUGUUGGGUGACUCGGGGGCCGCGCUGGGGGCCCGGAGGGAAAGGGGACACCUCAGGGGGGUGCCAGUGCGGGGUCAAUGGAAUCAAGUGCCAUCCAAAGUGUAGUUAUUGCCACUAAAUCGUUUCCUUCGAGCAUUUGUAAUAAUUAAGCAAGUAAUGUUUCUAGCGUUUUUAAUGAAGUACUUAUAGAUAUAAUAUAAGUAGGAAUUGACUGAUGCCUGACAAACUGCCUUGUAUAACAUUAUAAAUAAAUAAUGUAAAAAAGCU